CGGAAAAUCCGCAGUCGUCUCCGUCGUUGUCAAUGUCGUUGCGUGUGACCUGCUGAAUAAAUUACAAAAUUAACAAAUAAAAACGGCAGCGAGCAGAAAUUGCCCACAAAUAGCCAUUAAACAAUUGAUAAAUUAUUCGAAUUGGUGAAUUAAACAAUUGGCAAGUGCACACACGGUUGAUUGAAAAGCCAGUUGAAAACCAAGGCAAAGUGAUGCACUAAAGUGUUGUGAGCGAAAUCAAUAGAAAAACAGUGGGGGAAAAGUCACCAAUCGGCUUGGAAAAACGACACCGAAGCCACGGCGAGGGUCGAAUGCAAAUUGCAGUAGACCCCAGAGAAGGCUAACGCAUAAGUGGUUGGCCGAGUUAAGCUGGCCAAUCGAUUCCGAGAAUCCAGAACACAUUAUGAAACAACGGCCCAACAAGCGACCCGGAAAAGUGUGAGAGGAGAGGGCAAGAGAAAGGAAAAGUGGAAAGCGGAAAGUGGCUGGGAAAAGUGGAGAAGCUGCAGCGUCGCGUAAACACAGCCACACAAAAUCAAUACUCGCGUGUGUCUAGGCCAACGAAAACCUGGCAGCCAAAACAUGAACGAAAAUUCAAUUUCAGUUAGCCAGUAACUGGGCCAACAGGCAGUAACGGCAGCAUAAUGUUUCGACGCAGGAACAGGUUCUGAGUGCAGAUUGCAGACAGUAGAUAGAAAAAACUCACAUAAGUUAAGCCCACUUCAAGUGGGUGGAAACCCGGAAAACCGACCAAGAUGUGGACGCAGAGAAAUGCAGUCGGCAACUGGCUGUUGGUCAUAACAGCCUUUAUCGGAUUUCUAACUUUCAUAUGGAUUCCGCAGACCUCAGCCGAAUGUCAAACGCGAUCGAUUUACUGCUAUGAGUGCGACUCCUGGACAGAUGCCCGCUGCAAGGAUCCCUUCAACUAUACUGCCCUGCCAAGGGAUCAGCCUCCCUUGAUGACCUGCAACGGUUGCUGCGUGAAAAUGGUGCGGCAUCAGAGAUCACCAUACGAGGUGGUGCGACGCAUGUGUACGUCACAGUUACAGAUCAAUUUAUUCAUGGUCGAUCACGUGUGCAUGAUGGAAAGUUCAGGCAAUGGACAUAUGUGCUUUUGUGAGGAAGAUAUGUGCAAUUCUAGUAAAAAUUUACACACUAACGGUAGCCAGCCGCAUCUCAUACCCAUCGCAGUGGCAGUGUCGUGGCUAAUUGCUCAAUUGCUCAGCAGAUAGAAAGUGUUAGGCUCACCCACAGAAAUCCACACACAUUCAGAACAUACAGAGACACACAACACAGCUAGAGAAAAUCCUACACGAACUCACUAUCUCUCCUUCUCUCUAUCUAAGCGUAUGAUUUGUAGCUUGAUUUGAUUUCGUUACGAUAACAGUUUAACAGUUGCGAUUGAUUUGUUUUGGAGCACAGUUUGCGAAGACGGACUUCGCGUAGUUUCGAUCAGCACCAAGCGAUAGCUCGAGAACCCGAUCCAAGGAAUGUGAAUGCAUACCAAAGCUUCCAAAGACAGAAAGCUUACUCAAUUUAUCUAUCACACACAGUUAACACACACUGAAGCGAAUUCUUCAGAUGCGAGUUUAUCGAAUCGCAUCGAUAUCGAAUCCGAGUCCGAAUCGAAUCUCAGUACUCGAACUCGGUAUUUGAAUUGCAUGUUGUUGAUGCUAAGCUGAAGCAUGUAGCGCUUAAGUAGGAAUCGUAGUAAUUAUUACACUUUGAUUUCGUUGUUACUUACAUUUGUAAAUGCCCCGGCCAGAGGGACAAACCAAGCCAUAUAUCGAUUCACACCUUAAUAAGUUUAUAGACUUUUAAAAAUUUGUCCAAAUCAUAUGUAAACUUGGAAUAACUUGACACCCAGACACACUGUAUAUAUAGCCAGCCCCAAAGAAUUCAAAGAUCAUCCCAAAAGUAUUUGCAGUGACCAAGUGGAACAUUUGCUCAUCUUGUUUAUUCCAAAGUCGGAAAAGAACUCCAUAAAGCAUAAAACGUAACUUUGUUGUUAAUACUCUAUAUCCUAGAUCUAGCCAUUAAGCUAUACUUUCGGUUCUCGCUUGGACCCCAACACAAAAAGAAAUCCCACGCAUCAUAUCACGUAACGAAGCAACAAUGAGACCGAACUUUGGUAGCCUAUCGAUCUUAGUGUAGUUAGCCUCAUAGAACCUGCCACCAAGCACCAAACUGUAUAAAGUACCGAUCACCCUGGUCCCUUUGGUUUAUGUUCAACAAGUGAUAAUUAGAUUGUAAGUAGAAGAAUCCCGAUCCCAGUUCCGAUCCCAGACCCACGAUCUGUUAACAACCCGUACCCCUCAUUAUGAAAUUGAAAUUGAAUCAAUUCUCAUUCAUGCUAGUGAUAGUUUUAAAACGAAUCGAAUCGAAUCGGAACUUAUAGCUUACAUAGCUUAUGAUUUACAUUUUUGGAAUUUGACUUAAUAUUAUAACUUAAUAGUUAUUAUUAUCAUCUCUUCUAGAACAUUCAACUGGAAGUUGAAGUUUUGUAUUCUAAGCGUAAACCUUUUCAUUUGUAUAAUUGAAGAUUGGCUAAUAAACAACCAUUUUUACCAUACGUAUAUAUCUCUAGCAAAAUUUACUCUCAACUUUUGACGUUAACUUUUAGCUUAAAUUUGCUUUAUCUACUUGCUACUCACUUAACAAACUUUUCAACAUUCGUGCACUGUUGCCCACGCAUUUGUACAAUAUUUACCCCUAGACUUGGCUUUAGUUAAAAAUGCUUAAAGAAAAUAACCAAACAAAAAAUAGAAUAUCCAUAUCCGUCCAACCGGGAAGCAUGUGAACUAAUUUCGUUGCUUGGGCAUACCAGGUAAGUCACAAGCCAAAAGAAACAAACUAAAAUCCAAAAAUGCAAGUACAGUUGCGCACCGUUUUCUAAGUUCGAUCUUGCCUCGCUCGUAGAUGGAUGGGAUAUCGGAUUUUAGCCGGCCUAUCUUGGUGGUACAUACACACACCUUCACUCCCCCCUCGAUCCAGCACCCUUCCACCUCCCUCCCCCUCCACAAGAACCCCCUACACUUAGCGAAAAACCCCAAUGCAAUGUUAACACCAUUCUUUUUUGAGUUCGAUUUGUAUUGUUUCUUGCUUUCCUGGUAUGUUGGUUUGUUCAAUAACAGAUAUACUUAUAUAUUUUAACCACAAAUACCUAACCGAUUUUGGUUUGUGAAUGUUGACAAUAUUCUUAUAACCAGUAUUUGAUUGAUUGAUUGACGGUUAAUGCGUUUCAAAGUUUAAACAAAAAUCAUAAAUCGAAACAAGGCAAUGAAGUUAAACAAAAAAAAACACACGGAUUUUGUAGUGCAAAAUAACAUAUUUUAAUUUAGUACUUUUUGUAGUUCCAACAUCUAUCUCAGCGCCAACAUACUCUCUAUUUCUCUUUCUCUGUAUCUCCUCUAUAUCUCUCUGUAUAUCUUUCUAUCUGUUUAACUAUCUCUCACUCUCCUAAAAACUCUGUUUGAUCUUAAGACUCUUUUUACUAACUUUCUUCCAAAACAGAAACCACAUAGAACUCUUCCACUAGAGCCACACCUGUAGAGCAUACAUUGAGAACAAAAACCGAAACAAAAACUAUUAAAGUACACGCCAAGUCACAAAAGAACACUCACUGAAUGUUAGCGAAAUAUAUACAGAAAGUACGAUACAGAUACAUAAUUAGCGAUGCACUUAGAGAAAACACUCAACCACUCAUGAAUAUACCGAAAGCCAAUGGUAAAUUUUUACUACACGUAGGCGCGAUUUUCAAAAAACAAUGAUAUUAAAAACCGAUCAAAGAGCCCUAUAAUGGAGGGCAGUUAGCUUCCACAUCCAUAGAUUCCUCACAAUACAAAAAGCACUAAAUUAAUAUCAAAGAUCUUACCAAUAUAGCUAAAUGCUAACGAAAAUGAUUAUUGGUAUUGGUUGAUGAAUAUUGCAAAGAAACGAGAAAACCGCAGAAGAGACACAAAAAGCCCACACAACCAACUCUCUAGAAGAAUCAGCAGUCGCUUUUAUGUUUUCAGUUGAUUUAUUGAUUGGUUUUUUUCGAUUGUCCAUCUUGAAAAUAGCAGAUAAUUCAGAUUUUAAAUUGAGUUUACACCUCACCACGCUCACAUCUAGUGAUUCCCACCACUCGCUCACUCUCUCACCUCAACUCACCUCUUCACCUGCGCAGACGACGUCCACAUAUGUUCCACCAGUGGCGUACGCCGGAAUUCGUAAAAGGGGUCUUACCAUUUAAUUUUUAUUUUAAUUUAAGUAUAUAAAGCUCUUAUUUGUUAUGCUGCAGUAGGCGGCACAGCAGAAUUCGUUUAUGAAACACCACCCCUUCGUACGCCACUGGGUUCCACCACCAACAAGGUUGCGCAGGCGCGACAGAGGGCUCUCCAUCUCUCUCUCGCUGCUGCGCAACGCCCAGCAACCACAGCCCCCCGCGAAAAUGGUGCUUUUUCACAUACGACACCACUGUCUGACUAUGUUUUUCAUCAUGUACGCCAUCGCAAUCCAUGCCCAGUGGUCGCAAUGCCGCGACAGCCGUUCCACAAUGCAUAAAAAUAGUAUUUAAUUUUUCUAUUAAUUAAAUCCCGGCACUUUGUGGGCGGCAGGCGCGCGUGCAUUGCCGAGCAUCUGAAACGUCGAGGGUAAAAGUUAAAAGAAAAGUCGUGCGCCGCCUGUCACCGGCGAAAGUACCCAAAAACAUCGCUUUCGGUAUCAGGCGGUCGCCGCCCCAACUGUAAUUGUGAACGUCCGUGCGGCCGUUGCCCAAAAAUCUGAACCCCAAGUAAAGUAAAGCCAACCUCAAAAAUACCAAGGAUACUAGAGCAGCUGAAAACCGUCGGAGGACAGGAUCGGCGCGGGAUCUUACAAAUCAAGCUUCUUCUGCUUGGGGCUUUAAAAAGGCUUACUUUUUACUAAGCAGGUGCUUCCAACUCGCUUUGCUGGACAAAAAACCAACAUCAAUUACCACUCAAAUUCGCUUGGCCAGAUCAGCAUUACUCCCAGAAAUUGUUAAAUAUCGAAAAUAUUUUAAUUGUAUUCCAAAAAUGAUGAAAAGUCAACGAGCACCUUUAAAACUAUCAAGACAUUGUAACUAGCAAAUAAACAAAGUUAAGCAAAACAGCGAGUACGAAAAGCCUUGUAAGAGAUUAUAAUAAAAAGAGCAUUUAAACGAUGAAAAUAAA